AUGGCAUCGACAAUACCCAAGACGCAGACUGCCGCAUGGCUCGAAAAGGCCCAGCCUGGUGCGCGGCUCCAGAUCAGGAAUGAUAUCGAGGUUCCAUCCCCCAAGGAAGGCGAAGUGCUCGUGAAGCUGGAAUAUACGGGCUUCUGUCAUUCAGAUGUGCACAGCAUAUACGGCGAAACGCCGAUGAGCACUGACAUCGCUGGCCACGAAGGCGUAGGCCGUGUGGUUGAGCUUGGACCCAACGUUCCAGGAGAGAUGAUGAAUGCCAGGCUGGGAAUCAAGUGGCAGUACAGCACAUGCGACGCCUGCGAAAUAUGUGCCGUCAAUCCCACGGCGUGUCCGACUCAGAUCAACUCGGGACGGAACACAAGAGGCACUUUCCAACAGUAUAUCGUUACUCCUGUGAAGCAUGCCACCAGGAUCCCGCCGGGCUUGAAGUCUGAAAUUGCUGCUCCGUUGCUUUGCGCCGGUUUGACCAUGUAUUCUGCCCUCGCAAAAGCAAGGCUGCGGCCGGGGGACUGGGUCGUGAUACCGGGUGCAGGAGGUGGAUUGGGACAUCUUGGCGUCCAGAUCGCUGCCAAACGCGGGUAUAAAGUGAUCGCCAUCGACGCAGGAGAGUCAAAGAGGGAAACGUGUAUGAAACUCGGAGCAGCUGUAUUCCUCGAUUUCACGAAGGAUCCUAUUGAAGAGGAGGUAAAGCGUCUCACCAACGGCUUCGGAGCGCACGCCACCAUCGUCACAGUUGGAAGCGACGCUGCGUAUGAGCAGGCAUUGAAGCUGCUCCGAAAUCUUGGAACCCUGGUGUGUAUCGGACUGCCCAAGUCGGGCCUGGGCUUGCCAAUCUCCCCGUUCAUGAUGUGUGUUAGAAGUCUUACCAUAGUGGGCUCCUCCGUUGGCACUGCGCAGGAGAUGGAUGAGCUGCUCGAGAUGGCUGUCAAAGGAGACGUGAAGCCCGAGAUCUCCGUGUUCGAAUUCAACGAGAUCAACAAUAUUAUGGAGAAGCUUGCGAGGUUCGAGAUCGGAGGGAGGGUCGUCCUGAGGCUCCCUGAGUGA